AUUAAAUUUAUUUAUUAGAAAAUGCGAAUAUGUAAUUCGAUUGUGUCGUGUAGAUGAUAGUAGAGAACAGGACUUAUAUAUAUUUCAUGUUGUGACAUCCCGAUUGUGUGGGAAAGCCGCAGCUCUUAUUAGCGAAAGACAAGAUUUAGAUACAUGGGACUCAUUAAAAACAGCCCUAGAACAACAUUUCGGAGAUCCACGUUCGGAAGAAUGUAUUGCAAUAGAAUUAGAAACUUAAAAAAUUAAUAACGGAGAAUCGUAUCUAGAUUUCUGUAAUAGAAUACAGCAUAUUAAAAGUACUUUGAUUGCAAAAGUAAAUUUAAUACAGGAUGAUAACCUUCGUAAAAGUAAAAUUAUAAUAUAUGACAACAUGUCUAUGAAUUUGUUCUUAUAUAAUCUACCGGAGGACCUUCUUCGUAUAGUUAGAUUAAAAGGAUGUGAUUCGUUAGAAAAAGCACUAAGUAUAGUAUUAGAAGAAGUUAAUUUUAUGUUCCAAUAUAGUUCACGCAAUAAAAUGUUAAAACAACAAAAUACCCAGUGUACGGCUCCUAGACCUCAACCGUUCAACAAUUUUCAGUUUGCAGAUAAAAAUGUAAUAAAACCUCAUUUCAUUAGUAACACACAGCCUCAGUAUAAAUUCGGUAUUCCACAAAAUGUCGCAACCAUGUCAAAUCAACUUCAACAGCAAAAUAAAUUUAAAUUUGGAAUUCCCGCUAGCAAACAAAUAAAAUUACCACAAACGCAACAAUUCGGAUAUCGACCUCAAAAUCAAACUCAUUUUGGAUAUCGACCACCUUUGAACCAAAAUCAAUUUGGUUACAAGCCAAACUUAAAUCAACCUCAAUUCGGUUACCGACCCCAGUUAAAUCAAAAUAACCCCCAAUUCGGUUAUAAGCCCCAACAAUUUGGAUAUCAUCCCCCACAGGUGUUACAACCUAGGAACGAACCGACUGAUGUUAGUAUGCGUACCGCUAAGCCACUAGGAAUACGCAUGAACGAAUUAUACAACUUAAACGAUGACGAUAAUAAUUAUAACAAUUCUGAAAUUCAGAACCCUUCAUACGAUGAUUAUAGUAAUACAGAAGUAAUGGAAGAGUUUGAAACAUUAGAAACUGAUCAAACCAAAGAAUACGACCCCGUAGUAGAAAAUUUUCACAUAAUUACCAACAACCAACCCCCGCGAUAA